GCGGCUGCUCCCGGCAGCGUUCGCAACCCAGAGCCACUCGCCGCCCGCCCGUCCCCAAGGCGCGGAGCCCCGGCGGCGGCUGGGGGCCGGAGCCAGAGCCCUGCCCCUCGCCGAGUGGCUUGGCCGGCUGGGACUCGCCCCCGGGCUGCAGCGGGCACCGCGGGAAGGGCCCCGCUGGACGCUGGAAGGGGCUCGGGGGCGGCUCCUGUCCCGGCUGAGCAGCUGAGCCGGGGAGCGCGCCAGGCAGGGCGCAGCAGCCCGGGCGAUGCCCGCCGCCGGGCGCCCUGCAGCCGGAGGCCGCCUGCCCUGAGCCCCCAUGGAGCCCAACCUCACCGCCGGCGGGGCAGGCAACGCGUCCGGCCGGGCGGCGGGCUCGGGCGGCGGCGGCAGCGAGCUGCUCAUCACCUCCGCCUUCGGCACGGUGCUGUCCUGCAUGUGCGUGGCCGGGGUGGCGGGGAACCUGUACACCCUGGCGGUGAUGUGCCAGUCCGCGCGCUGCGCCGCCCCCAUGUACAGCUCCAUCAUCAGCCUGGCGCUGGCCGACCUGCUCUACCUCUCCACCAUCCCCUUCAUCGUCUGCACCUACCUGGCGCAGGACUGGUACUUCGGGGACCUGGGCUGCCGCGUCCUGCUCAGCCUGGACCUGCUCACCAUGCACGCCAGCAUCUUCACCCUCACCCUCAUGUGCGCCGAGCGCUACCUGGCCGUCACCCGGCCCCUGGACAGCCUCAAGCGCUCCCGGGGCUACCGCAAAGCCACGGCCGGGGCCGUGUGGUCCGUCUCCCUGCUGCUCACCCUGCCCAUGAUGCUGAUGGUCACGCUGACCGAGGCGGGCCAGGCCGGGGGCAAGGUGAAGCGGAUGUGCGCCCCGACGUGGAGCGCCGACGCCUACAGGACCUACCUGACCGUGCUGUUCAGCACCAGCAUCAUGGCCCCGGGGGUGAUCAUCGGCUACCUGUACACGCGCCUGGCCAGGACCUACCUGGAGUCCCAGAGGAACCCGCCCCACAAGGAGGGCAAGAGGUCCCCCAGGCAGAAGGUGCUGAUCAUGGUCUUCAGCAUCGUGCUGGUCUUCUGGGCUUGCUUCCUGCCCUUCUGGGUCUGGCAGCUGGUGCGCCUCUACCACAGCUCCCUGCAGCUGACUUCGCAGACCCAAAAGUGCAUUAACUACCUGGUGACCUGCCUGACCUACAGCAACAGCUGCAUCAACCCCUUCCUCUACACCCUGCUCACCAAGAACUACCGGGAGUACCUGCGCAACAGGCACCGCAGCUUCUACCGCUUCACCUCCUCCUUCCGCAAGCGGAGCUCCAACCUGCAGUGCUCCUGGGGAAGGGCCACGUCCUCCAGCAACCAGUAUGACUACGGCUCAGAGUCCCUGGGCAUGGCAGCGCUGAAGGACAAGUGAGGAGGGCGAGGGGCUCCAGCCAGGUGGGAACCAGAGGAAUGUCUGUCCAAGAAAUACCUGGAAUUCAAAGCUGAACACUGGAUGUGUGUUCUAAGCAGGACUGACAGCCUAGCCCAGCAUGGUGGAUGGUUGUUAGCAGAAAGAGAUACCCCUUCAUGCAAACAGCCUACAAAAUUGAAGUUCAGCCCUGAGAUUUUUAAACUGGGAACGUCAGAAGAAAUACAGCCCCCUGUCCAGUCCAACUAACUGGCAUGAGUCAGGCCCCAGAUGUUUUUACUUCUUGGUGUGACGUUCCACUGUCAAAAUGAAUCAUAAUGCAACUGGAAAUGUAAGGGCAUUAAGAAAGCGCACCUGCACUGACAGCAUCCUUUGCUCCAUUCAGAAUGCAGCCGAUCAGCAGUUUUUCCUCAUACCCCCUACUCUUUUCAUGAUCGGACUAUUGCUUUUGUAUUGCAUACAAGGAAGGCGUAAUAUAUGAACCAUCUGAGCUGUUAUGAAUGUUAAGCCCCAGCAGUGGUAUUGGAUGUCUUAAAAGAAUUUAGUGGGGAAACAAAACAGAGAUUCUUGAAAAAACUGCAUUACUGACAGGGCAAAGGCAUGAAAACAGCAGGUGGAGAUACACAGCAGCAACUCACUACCUCUGAUUCGAGAAGAACAUCAAAGCUCCUACUUGCUCCUAGUUGAAGACAACAGUCAUUUUUUUAAAAACAAGAAAGCAUGGAAAUAGUAUUGGGAAAGACUCUGCUCUUAAUAGGAAAUGUCUAGUUUCUCUUUCCUCUUACAUUCUAAUUGGGACCCCUAUCUUGAAAAGCUCUAAAGCAUGGGGUUCAAACUAUUUGUGUAGAAGACUGAAUUCCCCAUCUCACUAUAGGCUUUGGCUGGGGUGUAAAUUCUGGACCAUGGACACUCUUCAAUGCACAGCAAUUGGAACUCCCCCUGAUGUCAAAGGGAGGGCUCCACAAAGGGGAAGGAUUAUAUAUGGCCUUUGUAGUAAUUGAACAUUUAGUUAUUUACUACUUGUUCAGUUCCUUAUUGUCACGUACCACAUCAUUCGGUGGGAAUAUUAGCUUCUCUUCAGGACAUUGCUAUUUCUGACCUCUGUUUCUCAUCCUCCUUUCUUCCCGCAGUGUUUCCAUCUCAACAGCAGCUCCUAGCUUCCUCCAUGGACUCCAGUCCCACCCCACUCCUCAUUCAUCUGCUAAAAUUAUGGGCAAUUAAACUGUUUAUUGAUAUUUAAUGUCAUCAUCAGACAUUAGAGUUAACCCCUCCCAGUGACAUUUUUAGGGACCAGGGAAAUUUUACACCUCUCCCAGCUAUUCUUUCAGAUGGCAUGCAGACACCAGAAGAUAAUACUUCAUUGAUUUAACCAAGUAUCUUUGCAGGCACAUGAGCUAGAGUCUUAGGGCUAUUCUACAUGAGACAAGCUGCACCAGCAUAAUUCUAUUUAAAUUCAUGCAGGUUACACUGGUGCAAAUCCUUAAUGCUGAUGCACUUAAACUGGUUUAAACCUCACAUAUUUUGAUUUAGCUAAAAUGUUGGUAAAAGACUGAAUCUAAACUCAUCUAAAUGCAUCAAGAUAUAGUGUAUCUAGAAUCCCUAUUGUUGCACUGAUGUGACUUUCUAAUAUAGAUAAUCGCUUUAAUUUUUCCCUUUUUCAAACAGAAGCUUAGAUUCUGCAGAGCCUGAAUAGGCCAUGUAAAUACAUCUCCAAGGGAGGGUGUUUGGCACCUAGGCUCUAAAAUUUGAUGCAGGGCUCUGUUAUGGAGUUCCCCUAUUUCUAUUUCAGUGAGUAGGACUGUUAAUGUGGGGGAUUGUAUUUUUGUUUGUUUGUUUGUUUGCAGGCUUAAUGAGGCUUUCUGGACAGUGCUAUAUAAAGAUUUCUUGUGAUGCAAAGUAGAGCUGAAAAAAAUCAGCUUCACUGUUGGGAAAUAUUAGAAAGUUUCAUUUUUUUGCUAUAAAGUUUAUAAUACUCUUUAAAACAUUGAGUUCUGGACACUGAUCUUAUUUGAGAGGUGUUAAAUCUUUAGUGGAAGUUUUACCCCAUUCUAGUUCUCUAGAUUCUACCUUUCUUUAUGUUUGCUUCUUAAAAUGUGUAGUGGGGUGGUUUGGGGUUUUUUCAAUUAUCAGCUAUUUGACUUAGGCAUGAGGGCAGGUGGAUAAAAAUA